GACGUGUCGUUCACGCUGUUCUCGCCGACCGUCGACCGGAACCAGCUGGCCGACGCGAGCGACCCCGUGUGGCACGAAGAAGCGGUAAUCCUGGGAGGCUUCAGCGAAGCCUCCGCGCACCAGAUCAGCAUCACUGGCUCCUUCACGGUGUUCGGGAUGGAGGUCUGGUUGACCUUACUCGGUUGCCUCGUUGUUCUGCCGUUCGUCGCAUCCCUGGCUCCGAAAUCGGAAUACACGUUCUGGUUCAACUUGAAGAACUAUUCAUUCCGACUGUUGGCCAUAGUGUUCCUGGAAUCCAGCCCACGAACGCCUCGUCAGGUGUCGGCGCGUAUCGUGAUCGCAUUCUGGUGGCUGGCGAUGCUCGUGCUGACAAACUUCUUCAGCGCCGAGAUGAAGGCGGCGCUGACCGUGCGCCAGCCGAGCGGUCACCGCGUCGACUCAGCCGCCGAUCUGGCCGCACGCGAUGACGUGAAUGCGUACACGAUGCACGGCACCGUCUAUCACCUACUUUUGGCCUACUCGCCGCGGGAUGACGACCGGAAGGUGGCCAGCAAGCUGACGCCGAGCUUCCGCGUCCACUACCACCGCCUCUACUCUCCGGCCGUGCUGGACGAAGUGGCCAAUGGCAGGGCGGUCAUCAUCGCCGACCGGACCUCGGCCGUCUACCAGAUCGCCAGGGCCUGCCACAGCUACCCGGGACACGAGUUCUACUUCGGCCGAGAGCGUCUCUUUUCUCAUAUGAUGGUCAUCUACUACGGCCGCCACCGCGAGCGAAAGCUGACGAACGUGAUGAAGAAGUGGAACACGAGGAUGAACUGGCUGACCGAGGCUGGACUGCUGAACAAGUGGCACGAUGACACCGAGUCCCUCGCCGGGGAUUUCUCGCGCUGUCCCAAGAUCCGCAUGGGCGAGGCCGAGCAGCUCGACUUCGAACACCACCAGCCCAUCUUUGUCCUCUUCCUGGCCGGACACGCGCUCGCCCUAGCCGCUCUCCUGGUCGAGGUGGCCGUGAACGGCGUCGCAGCGCCCUCUACAACGUCCCGUCGACCCUUGCGCAUUCCUCGCACCUACGUGCGACGUAUUAACAAUGUGGUGACAGCGCCUUGAAGGGACACUAAAGAUGAAAACGAAUUUUCUUAUAUUAGUAAAUUACUCCUUCACAAUUCCAACGUCA